GAGUCUAGACCCCUAAGAUUUUUUAUUUAUUUAUUUGUUCAAAUCAGUGUAGUGCAAUCCUUAUAUAGGAGUAGAACCCUACCUCGCCAACCCAGACGUUAAACCCUUCUCCUUUCUUUUAGUCUUCAGAAACACCUCCCCCUUGUCUUCGUUACUACCGGUAGCAAAAUGAUGAUAGAAAUGAAGGAGUCAACUAUGGUUCGGCCGGCGAAGGAUACACCGCAGAGGAGGCUAUGGAAUGCCAGCCUGGAUCUACUGGUAUCGAGAAUGCAUACUCCGACCUUCUAUUUCUACAGGCCAAACGGUUCUUCAAACUUCUUCGACACCAAUGUCUUGAAAGAGGCCUUGUGCAAGGUUCUUGUGCCGUUCUACCCCAUGGCUGGGAGGUCGAGUAGAGACGAGAAUGGUCGUGACGAGAUCAACUGUAACGGCGAGGGUGUGUUGUUUGUCGAGGCUGAAACUAGUUCUGUUAUCGAUGAUUUUGUGGAUUUGCCACCGACGAUAGGGCUCAUGCGGCUUAUUCCGGCGGUUGAUGUCUCAGGCGACAUCGCUUCCUAUCCUCUCCUACUGUUGCAGGUGACACGUUUCAAGUGUGGUGGAGUCUCCCUCGGUGUGGGUUUGCAGCAUCACCUUGCGGACGGAAUGUCGGCUAUCCAUUUCAUCAACACGUGGGCUGAAGUGGCACGUGGAUUGGACAUCACCAUCCCACCAUUUAUCGACCGAACACUCCUACGCGGCAGGGACCCUCCAACUCCCGCAUUUCAUCACAUCGAGUACCAGCACCCACCAUCCAUGAAAACCCUUCUACAAACUAAAUAUUCCCAAUUGGGUACCGACACCACCACUGUUAGUUUGUUCAAGAUCAGCCUGGAAGAUCUCAACAUCCUGAAAGCCAAGUCCAAAGAGGGCAACACCGUCAAUUACAGCUCCUACGAGGUGUUGGCUGGACACGUAUGGCGCUGUGCAUGCAAAGCACGUGGCAUCCCCGAUGAUCAGGAGACCAAGUUGACCAUCGCCACCGAUGGACGGUCCAGAUUGCGGCCCCAGCUUCCACUUGGCUAUUUCGGCAAUGUCGUUUUCAGUGCCACACCAAUCGCAUUGUCCGGUGACCUCACCAGCAAUCCGCCGACGUAUACCGUGGGUAAGAUCCAUGAUGCCUUGAUGCGGAUGGAUGAUAAAUACUUAAGAUCAGCCCUCGAUUACCUGGUGUUGCAGCCUGAUCUAACGGCGUUAAUACGGGGGGCCCACACGUUCCAAUGCCCUAAUAUCGGGAUCACGAGCUGGGCUAAACUGCCGAUAUAUGAUGCGGAUUUUGGGUGGGGCCGGCCGAUAUUUAUGUGCCCCGGUAAAGUCCCUUACGAGGGUUUGGCGUACGUGCUACCAAGCGCAACCAAAGAUGGAAGCCUGUCGCUGGCCAUUUGUUUGCGAUCGGAGCACAUGAAGGUCUUCCAGAAGCUUCUCUAUGAGCUCUGAGUUUUAAAGAGAUGGUCGGUCUGACCCGGUCCGAUCAAGAUACGUUUUAAUCAAAUGGGGGAUAUUUCGGUUUGUCUAGUGUACUUAUAUUUCAUGCAAUUUGUUUCACACUUAUGACUCCCUUCUUCCUUUGAUAAAUUUAAAUUGAGCCCCGACUUGGGCCAUUUUGCA